AUGUCCAAGGUAGCCAAGUACCGCCGGCAGGUGAGCGAAGACCCUGACAUCGACUGCCUGCUGUCCACCCUGUCUCCCGAGGAGAUGGAGGAGCUGGAGAAGGAGCUGGACGUGGUGGACCCCGACAGCACCAUCCCGGUGGGGCUGCGGCAGCGGAACCAGACGGACAAGCAGUCCACGGGCACCUACAACCGGGAAGCCAUGCUCAACUUCUGUGAGAAAGAGACCAAGAAGCUCAUUCAGAGGGAGCUGUCCAUGGACGAAAGCAAACAAGUGGAGACCAACACAGGUGCCAAGAACGGAGGGGGAAGGGGCCAAGACACCCGCACAAAGGCCCUGGGCCCCAGACAGGACUCAGACCUGGGGAGGGAGCCCCGGCGCGGGGCCUUGAAGAAGAGCUUCUCCAGAGACAGAGACGACGCCGAGGGCAAAGGUGCCCAGCCGCCCAAGGAGGAGAAGCUCAUCAGGGGCAUUGACAAGGGCCGGGUCAGGGCUGCCGUGGACAAGACAGAGGCUGGGGGCGACGGGCAGGGGGGCAGCAGGGCAGCGCCCAGGAAAGAGGAGGAGCAGAGAGGUGUGAGCAGAGACAAAGAUAAGAAGAGAGAGGAAGGAAAGGUAAAAGGGGGGGGUGAGCGCACAGAGGCUGCUGGGAAGGAGGACCAGGCGAGGAGACCAGGAAGUGGGGGCGCAGACACGAAGAAGGAGCAGGAGCUGAGACCAGGAAGUGGGGGCACAGACACAAAGAAGGAGGAGGAGACAGUAACAAAAGAGGAGCCCCCCAACCUCAGGGGGCCCGCAGAGGAGAGGAAGCCCGAGGCUGCAGAGAAGCAGGCACCCCGCAGCCCCGCCAAGCCCCCCGAGGGGGCGGCCCCGGCGGAGGAGGAGGCAGCGCCCAGCAUCUUCGAUGAGCCCCUGGAGAGGGUGCGGAACAACGACCCCAGCAUGACCGAGGUCAACGUCAACAACUCGGACUGCAUCACCAGCGAGAUCCUGGUGCGCUUCGCCGAGGCCCUGGAGUUCAACACCGUGGUCAAGGUGUUCGCGCUGGCCAACACCCGCGCCGACGACCACGUGGCCUUCGCCAUCGCCAUCAUGCUCAAGGCCAACUCCACCAUCACCAGCCUCAACCUGGACUCCAACCACAUCACGGGCAAGGGCAUCCUGGCCAUCUUCCGGGCCCUGCUGCAGAACAGCUCGCUGACCGAGCUCCGCUUCCACAACCAGCGGCACAUCUGCGGCGGGAAGACGGAGAUGGAGAUCGCCAAGCUGCUCAAGGAGAACAGCACGCUGCUGAAGCUCGGCUACCACUUCGAGCUGGCGGGGCCCCGCAUGGCCGUCACCAACCUGCUCAGCCGCAACAUGGACAAGCAGCGGCAGAGGCGGCUGCAGGAGAAGAAGGGGCUGCUGGAGGUGCCCAAGGCCGGGGCGCCGGCCAAGGGCUCCCCCAGCCCCUCACCCCAGCCAUCGCCCAAGGCCUCGCCCAAGAACUCGCCCAAGAGCGGGGGUGCUCCGGCCGCCCCACCUCCACCGCCGCCUCCCCUGGCCCCGCCGCUCAUGGUGGAGAACCUGAGGAACUCACUGUCACCAGCCACCCAGCGGAAGAUGGGGGACAGGGCCCUCCCUGCCCAGGAGAAGAACUCCCGUGACCAGCUGCUGGCCGCCAUCCGCUCCAGCACCCUCAAGCAGCUCAAGAAGGUGGAGGUGCCCAAGCUGCUGCAGUAGGGACCAGGCUGCCGGGCACCGUCCUCCAGGGCCACACAGACCCCACCCACCCCGGCUGACCGGCUGCGACGUCCCUGG